UGUGUUUUGUGUUUCUAAAAUCAUCGCUUCUUGGUUUUUGUUUCCUUUCCCAGUUCAAUUUAAUUUAGUUCGAGAAUGAAGUCGAGACAAAAGUCAAAGAAUAACAAGUUGCUGGGAAUCGUACUUUCAGAAGAAAAAUUCUACUUUCCUGGAGAAACGAUCAAAGGCUCUGUUAUUGUCAGACCUAAAAAGGCCAAUAUGAAAAUCAACCAAAUUCAUAUCAAAUUUUAUGGGUUAAUAUCUAUAUCAGCAGCAGAAAGAGAGAUUAUACGAUUAUUCACCAAAGAACAAUCAAUAUCUGCGAAAACAGUAUUGAAAGAGGCUGCCAAACCUUAUUCAUUUUCAUUUGAAUUUACCGUCCCUGAUAGUAUCGACUUACCGAGUGCCUUGGAUUUAGGCAGCAGAAAGCUUGUAGGCGUCCACUAUAAAUUAGUAGCUAUUUUGGAUAGACCCAUGAUGCCCGAAAGUCUCUGCCCACGAAUUGAAUAUCCAGUGCUUGUGCUUGAACACAUCGACAUCACCACUCCAUCGAGAUCAGCUAUCGCUGAAAAGCAAAAAGACUAUCUCAACGGCCAAUUUACAAUGAAAUUGAAUAUUCCUCGAAGCGGAUAUACAAGAGGAGAAACGAUUCCCGUCAAUCUCAUCAUCAGUACCAAGUCAAAAUUUGUCAAGAAAGAUUGCUUAGUCAUUGAACUGCUACGUAAAGUCAGAUUACGUACAAACAAAAAUGAAACGGACGAAGAGCAUGUGCUAAAAUCGAACAGAUUUGAUCUGAAUAUUAUUGGACCGUAUAAUUUUUCUCAAUCGAUAACAAAUCGCAUAUUGAUUCCAUCCACACCACCGACCAUCAAGUACAAAGACACAUUAUUACGAAUACAAUACAAAGUUAGAGUUAGGCUUAAUACGAACGAUCGUAUGGAAAAGAGGAGUCAAAGUAAUCCAGCAGCAAUCUGCACGCUUGAUCUACCAAUUAUUCUAGGCACAUGGCCUCGUGCAGACAUACCAAUAGACGACGACGAUGAUGACGAUAUUAUACAAACAAUGGGCGAUCUUGAUUUUAGUGAUCUAGAGGAUGAAGAUGAGUUUCAGGAAGAUGAAUUAGACAUUGUGCAGGAGCCAAUAGUCAGAAAUAUCGUUUUAGAGGAAAAGAGAGACAGUGGUAGUAGUUGUAGUAAAAGAGAGAAUGACAUCAGUUCAAAGAGAUAUUCACACAUCGGCGCAAGGCGUUCUGAAUCUAUCGGCUCUACAUCGUCGUGGAAAAUAACAACACAGCAGCAACAGCAAACAUAUCAGCAAUACCAGCCUGUCAGCACUGCAGGUACAAAUUUCAUGUACAGCUGCAACAAUAAUAGCUCGCGUACAUCCAUUGCAUCCCCUAGUACGCUGUCAAUUGCCGCUACAAGCGUAACUACUCCCACUGUAACCCCGAGCCCUAUGGAAAAGUCCAGUAGAAAUAUACCCGAUCAUCAUUGCCAGCCUGCAUCUGCUUCCUUUCAUCAUCAAUAUCAGCAUCACAUUAUUAAUCAACCCAAUCGGAAUAAUUCUUUACCCUCCACCCACAUGAACUCUAUUACAUCAGAUCAGCUUAUCAUGGAUGAGAACAGCGGUGCUUACAUCAAUAAGACUAUCCUAACACCUGAACUGCAAAAGCAUUUACAACAGCCGAGGUCAUUAUCAGCAAGAGGUCUCGAACCAACAUCUCGUACAUCUUCCUUAUCACAUCAGCGAAAACUGUCAACUGCAUCUUCGUCGGGCACUGGUCAUCGACAACAACAUCAUCAAAGAGCUGGCUCAAUGGAUUCCAAUAAUAUUUGCAGUAACCCACCAGUAGCAGAGCCCGAUAUCUCAGUACCCAGUCAUACUCUGACUUUCAUUUCCUCUACUUCUACAACUACCUUUGAUUCACCAGUCUACUUUGGUAACAGUUCAUCUUCGUUGGACUCUGAGUUUGACGAUGACGAAGAUGAUAAUGACUUGCUAGCCAUUAUUGAAAAGAAAAGGAAAAAGGAAGAUAGAGAGAUGCGGCAAAAGCAGCGAUUGAUGUAUACCAUUACAAAUUAGUAUUUACUGUUAUUUAUUUCAAUGUUAAUAUUGUAUAACUUUCAUAA